GACACCUUAUCUAGGUAGGCGGCGCCCGCGCGGAUCAUGGCGUGCAACUCGGGGCAAGAAUGGAGGGAGCCCACCUCAGCCACGACCAGGAACUCAGAUGUUUCUGUGUAGACGUAGGUAUCUACGUUUCCUGCUCGAUAACCAAAGUAACCACCCCGCAUCCUCUGUGCUACCUGCAAACUUCUCCUUUCGUUCAUCACCAUAAUGCCAGUUCAAGAGUCCAUAAUCCCAAUGCCAUCCGGAAAGAUGUCCAAGACUGGUCCAAUUAGUCUACAAGUCCUUCGGGUCAACACCAGAGAGAUAGGGGAGAGCAAUGCGCAGCUUGUUGAUGCUUUGGAGGCUGCGCUCAACACCAAUGAUGAUGCUCUCAUUCCCCAGGCUGCCAAGCGCCUCGCAGACCAGCUAGACAGCACCAUACUCACACGCGACGACCCUGCGGACAUGGAAUCGGAGGUUGAGGACGCUCGGUAUAACGUAUACACCACCUUGUUGGCAGCAGUGCAAUUAGUACCCGCCGGCCAUGAAGCGCAUUACCGGCUGGCUUUGGUUUUACGUGAUUUGGCUGGCCUGGAUGGACAUCCUGCAUGGCAGCGCUUGGACGGCUUCGCCAUCUGCAACCGAGAUGCAUGGCAAGAUCCAACCCUCAGCUUGGAAUCUGCCACCGAUCCAGAGAUCCACGAACGAUGGUGCAACCUCAACGCAUUCCUAGCGAUCUUGCUCAGCACGGGCGCAAUUAACUGGCGGGAAUUACCCAUUUGGGAACUUCGCGAUGGUCUGGAGGAGAGCGUGGAGGAGCUCUCCCAGGAAGGCAAGGACACACGGGUUGUGGUUGCCACCUUGUGGAUCAAGCAUGCUGGAAAGUUCAUCUGGGAACAUUCCCUUUCAGGCAAGCCGGAAAACUUGGAUGAGACUGAUUCAAGAAUGCUUAGAGCUGGAGAGCUAUAUCAAGGCCAGCCGGGGUACUCGCGAGACCGAUGGGACUUUUGGAAGAGGCGUCUUGGGGAACUACGGAGCCAUGUGAGCGAGUCGCGAAGCUCUGCCAUUGACGAAGCCAUUGAGACCAUGACAGAACUGGAGAGCAAGAGCUGAAUAACUUGGUGAGGAAUAUAAUGCCUUUUGAGGGAGAUUGGGCCAAGGACCUAUGUCCGCUUCUAUGUGGUAUUUGCCGGGGUCUAUGACUCGAGACGUCCACAACCCACAAUGUAAGGUGGUCAAGUGGUGCACAGUAGAGAGAUCGGAAAAGAUAGACUCGUCAAAAUACAAAUGGCUUCAAAAGAGAGAACUCGAUCUGUGCGGUGAUCACAAAGUUUCUAUUUGGUGAUUUGACGGCACAUCGACAAGCAAUCGUGUACAGAGGAUAUUGCUGCAAGCUUAUUUUGG